AUGUCAGUUUCAACCAAAUUAGCCAGAUUAGCCCGUACCUCAGUUGUUGCUCGUUCACAACCAUACGUCCUUAGAAGUAACAAUGAUAUUAGAGAAAGAGAAGAAGCUUUUGAAAACCAAUAUGUCAAAGAAAAAGAAAGAAAUGAUUUAAGACUCCAAAAAGAAAGACAAGAAAAACAACAAAAGCAAACCCAAAGUCAAUCCCAAGCUAAAGCUCCAAAAGAAACCUCAAAUCCAAAUGCUGCCAAAAUCAAAGAGCUUGAAAAUCAAUUAGCCGCCAUCCAAAAAGAACUUAACCAAUUAAAAAAAUAA